UGGUGCUUAGCUCAUUUUUCGAUUUUUUUCUUUCUCUCUUCCCUCCGCUUCUUUUUCUGUUUCCGGUGACAGUAGGGCUUCUUCUAUCUUACGCUUUCGCACUCGUGUUUUCUCCGUGGCGCACGUUAACCCCGCCGUUCUCUAUCUUGCGCUCCCGGAGGGUUAGGGAGUGGCUCUAGGGUUUGGUUUUCUGAUUAAUUGAUCCUUUUCUGUGAGAUCCGCGGAGGGGGAGCAAUCUCUGAUUUUCGAUAUUUGGGCGGGCGGGAGAAGAAAGCUAGGGUUAGGGUUUUUGAUGCGUUGGCCGAAAUCAGAGCCCGCUAAUUUGAUCGUAGUGGGGGUCGGACGCCUGAGAUGGCUAAUCCCGGAGUCGGUGCCAAGUUUGUGUCUGUGAAUCUGAACAAAUCCUAUGGGCAGCCUUCUCACCAUCAUCACCAUCCACCGCAUCAUAGUGUUUACGGGACGAACAGGGGGAGGCCCGGUAGUCAUGGCAGCGGAGGAAUGGUGGUCCUUUCCAGGCCUCGCAGUGCGAACAAAGCUGCUGGGUCGAAGCUUUCUGUUCCACCCCCCUUGAAUCUGCCUUCGUUGCGCAAAGAGCAUGAGAGAUUUGAUUCGUUGGGCUCAGGUGGUGGUCCUGCAGGCGGAGGGGCUGCAGGUAGUGGGGCGAGGCCUACUUCGUCUGGUGUGGGGUGGACGAAGCCUACUGCCGUUGCAUUGCAAGAGAAAGAAGGGGGUGGGGAUCAUGGAGGAGCUGAUGAUGCAAAUGACCAGACUUUGCAUGGUGUUGAUGGGGUGAGUAGGGGGAACAGUGUGGGGAGCAGUGUAUAUAUGCCACCUUCAGCUCGGCCUGGCGCGGUGGGAUCUCUCCCUACUCCUGCAUAUCAAUUGGCUGAGAAAGCAUUGCUCUUGAGGGGGGAGGAUUUCCCUUCUUUGCAGGCUGCUUUACCUUCUUCGUCAGGGCCUUCACAAAAGUCGAAGGACGGUUUGAAUCAGAAACAGAGGCAAGCUGUCCGUGAUGAAUUGUUAAAUAAGCAGAGGGAUAGUAGUCAUUCUAGUUCGCUUGUUGACAUGCGGCCUCAAUUGCAGAUUUCUCGUCAUGGUGGACAGAAUGAGAAUGGCAGUGAAAGUAAGGGUUUGGGUGGUGAUCGAGCAUCAGAGCAAGUAAAGAAGCAGGAUGAGUAUUUUCCAGGUCCAUUGCCACUAGUACGGUUGAACCCAAGAUCAGAUUGGGCGGAUGAUGAGCGUGAUACAAGUCAUGGUUUUACAGAUCGGGGCAGAGAUCACGGGUACUCAAAAACUGAAGCUUAUUGGGAUAGAGAUUUUGAUAUGCCCAGAAUAAGUGUUCUACCACACAAGCCAGUUCAUAACCCUACGGAGAGGUGGGGUCUGCGUGACAGUGAAGCUGGAAAGGUUUCUUCCAGUGAAGUCCCUAAGGUGGACCCAUACAGCAGAGAUGUAAGAACACCUAGUAGAGAAGGAAGGGAAGGGAACUCAUGGAGAAAUACCACAUUUCCGAAAGAUGGAAAUAGUGGUCAAGUUGGAAAUGACAGGAGUGGUUUCGGUGUAAGGCCAUCGAGUUUAAACAGAGAAACAAGCAAGGAUAAUAAGUAUAGUCUGACAUCUGUUCAAGAAAAUGCCCAUGAUGAUUUUGUAAGGAGGGAUGGGUAUAGACAAGGAGGGAGACAGCCUUGGAACAAUUAUACAGACUCAUAUACAAGCAGAGGGCCUGAAUGGAAUAAACGUGACCAGUAUGGCAGUGAACAACAAAAUAGAUACAGGGGUGAUGCUUUACAGAGUAGCUCAGCAUCCAAACCCUCAUACUCUGUAGGUGGUAAAGGGCUUCCUGUCAAUGAUCCACUGCUCAAUUUUGGUAGGGAGAAGCGCCCAUUCACGAAGAGUGAAAAACCUUAUGUAGAUGAUCCUUUCAUGAAAGACUUUGGAGGUACUGGUUUUGACAGCCGGGAUCCCUUCUCUGCCAGCCUUUUUGGAGUGGUUAAGAAGAAGAAAGAUGUGAUUAAACAAACUGAUUUUCAUGACCCUGUUAGGGAAUCUUUUGAGGCUGAACUUGAGAGAGUUCAGAAAAUGCAAGAACAGGAGCGACAGCAGAUCAUCGAGGAACAAGAAAGAGCUGUGGAGCUAGCUCGAAGAGAAGAAGAGGAGAGAACACGGAUGGCUAGGGAGCAAGAAGAAAGGCAGAGAAGGAUGGAAGAAGAAGCUAGGGAAUCAGCAUGGAGAGCAGAACAAGAACAACUUGAUGCCAUGCGAAGAGCUGAAGAGCAGAGGCUAGCCAGGGAAGAGGAGAAACGGAGGUUGUUUUUGGAGGAAGAAAGGAGGAAGCAUGCUGCUAAGCAGAAGCUUUUAGAAUUGGAGGAAAGGAUUGCCAAGAGGAAGGCUGAAACAGGAAAGACUGGUGGUAAUUCUUUGGCUGAUGCAGAUGCGAAAAUGUCUAGGAUGGAGAAAGAAAAAGAUGCCUCCAGGGCAGCAGACAUGGGUGACUGGGAGGAUGGUGAAAGAAUGGUGGAGAGGAUCACAGCCUCUGCAUCUUCUGAUUCAAGUUUGAACAGGUCCUUUGAGAUGGGUUCUAGGUCUCAUUAUUCUAGAGAUAGUUCUCCUUUUGUAGACGGGGGAAAACCCGUUAAUUCAUGGAGAAGAGAUGUGUAUGAGAAUGGGAACAACUCAAGUUUACUUCUACAUGACCUGGAUAAUGGCCGUCAUAGUCCCAGGCGAGAUUCAUCUGUUGGUGGGAGAGCUCCUUUAAGGGAAGAGUUCUAUGGAGGUAGUGGAUUCAUGACUUCUAGCACUUACCACAAGGGGGGGAUUUCUGAACCUCACAUGGAUGAUAUCACUCAUUUAAGGGGGCAGAGGUGGAACCUUUCUGGCGAUGGGGAUCAUUAUAGCAGAAACAUGGAGAUUGAGUCUGAAUUCCAUGAUAACCUUGUUGAAAAGUUUAGUGAUGCUGGAUGGGGGCAGGGACGUGUCCAUGGCAAUCCUUAUUCUCCUUACCCUGAACAAUCGUAUCCAAAUUCUGAUGCAGAUGGGCCUUAUUCCUUUAAUAGGUCACGGUAUUCCAUGAGGCAGCCUCGUGUUCUUCCACCGCCAUCACUGGCUUCCAUGCACAAAACCUCCUAUAUGGGUGAAAUUAACCGUCCUGGCCCCUCAGCUUUUCUAGACAAUGAGAUCCAGUACAAUCAUGCAGCUAGAAGUGAACCUACUGUGCAGACAGGGUAUGAUACUAAUCGUCCUGAGAAUAUUGGACAACCUCAAAUAAUUAAUGUCAAACAAGAAAACACGGGGAGUGAGAAGCAGAAACUGGACAGUAACACCACCCCAAGGUGUGACUCGCAAUCAUCUCUUUCUGUGUCUAGCCCCCCUAGUUCUCCAACUCAUCUUUCUCAUGAUGACUUGGAUGAGUCUAGAGAUUCUUCAGUGUUAUCUGCUCCAGGAGACUGCGAACAGGUUCCCUUGUCUGGGCAAGAGAAUGAACCUCUUGUAUUACCUACCAAUCCUGGACAAGAGAAUGUGAUGAAUGCUUCUAAUUCUAUCUAUGAUGAAGAAUGGGCUGUUGAGAACAACGGGCAUCUUCAGGAGCAAGAAGAAUAUGAUGAAGAUGAAGAUGGAUAUGAGGAGGAAGAUGAAGUGCAUGAAGUAGAUGAUGAAAAUAUUGAUCUAACCCAGGAGUUCGAUGAUGUGCAUUUAGAGGAGAAAGGAUCCCCUGACAUGGACAAUUUGGUCCUAGGCUUCAAUGAAGGUGUUGAAGUUGGAAUGCCAAAUGAUGAGUUUGAGAGAAGUUCAAGGAAUGAAGAAGGUGCACUUGUGGUGCCUAAGGUUUCAUCUGGAACUGUUGAAGGACAGGGGCCAUUUGAUGGAAUUUGUACUGAUGAACCGACCCUUCAACCUAUGGAUGGGUCCUCCCAAGUGAAUGUGGGUAGUUCUUCCAGAAUGUUCCAAGAAACUGAGAAGGCAAUGCAGAAUUUAGUUAUUCAGCCUAGUAAUGUCUCUCAUAUGUCAGCUGCAACUGAACACGUGGAACAUGUGGAUGCUUCUAGUAGUUCUGGUCCAUCUUCUCAGCAUCCAGUUACAUCUUCAGUUAGCUUUACCUCCCAUUUGUUGUCCAGUCAGGCUGUCAUGCCUACAGUAUCUUCUGUUCCGAAUCAGACAGAGGGACCUGUGAAGCUUCAGUUUGGGCUGUUUUCUGGUCCAUCUCUGAUACCAUCUCCAGUCCCAGCUAUACAAAUUGGUUCUAUACAGAUGCCUCUUCCUCUGCAUCCUCAGGUUGGUCCGUCUCUCGCUCACUUGCACCCGUCACAGCCGCUCUUCCAGUUUGGUCAGCUAAGGUAUACCUCUCCUAUCUCCCAGGGAGUACUGCCUACGGGUCCUCAGUCAAUGUCUUUUGUUCAGCCCAAUCUUCCGAUCGGGUUUUCUUUGAAUCAGAGCCCAGGAGGUCCUCUGCCUAUUCAAACUGGUCAAGGAAUUUCUCAAAAUAUGAAAAAUGAUGCUAUGUUGAGUUUGGUGAAUAAUCAACCUGGAGUAACUUCAAGGCACUUGGAUGCAUCACAAGAUAAUGUAUCAGAAAAGAUAAAUUCAAUGCCCGCCGGAGAAACUGCUGAAACCUCUGUCAUGGUGCAGCGGGGACCUGCUGUAACCCAUGUUGGUGAUAGCAGCUCAAGGUCUGAGUCCGUUUUUCAGGCGGAAGACCAUAGACACAAUAACUCGGUUGCGAAAAACUUUGGUGGUUUUUUUGGUACUCGGGAAUCUCAAGGUCAGGCUCAAACUGGAGCAGCGCCAUCUCAAUCAGUUAUUAAAGACAAAGAUUUUAGUGGGCCAAGGAAUCAUGGCCCAACAUCUGGUGGCAGAGGAAGAAAGUAUGUCGUUACAGUUAAAAAUUCUGGCUCACGAUCAUUUCCAGUUGCUGAGCCUUCUCAUUUAGAAUCUAGUGGGUUUCACAGGAGACCUCGACGCAAUAUGCAGCGAACUGAGUUUCGAGUUCGAGUAAGUGCUGAUAAGAGGCAAUCUACAGGGUCUGUAUCUUCCAACCAUGUUGGACUGGACGAGAAAUACGUCUCUGGAAGGGGUUUUGGGCCUUCUGUAAGAAGUGGGCCUAGGAGAAUUGUCUUGUCAAAUAAACCAUCACAACUGAUGUUAGAUUCAGAGGGUGUGAGCCCAGGUCCACGUAAUUCACAAGAAAUAGAUUCUGGGAGCAAGGCUGAAAAGAGAGCUGGAAAAGAUGCUUCGACAAAGAGAAGAGAUGUUUAUGCUCCUCUGCAAAGUGGUUUUGUGCGUGUCUUUGAGCAACCUGGCAUAGAGGCUCCUAGUGAUGAAGACGAUUUCAUUGAAGUGAGGUCAAAGAGGCAAAUGCUGAAUGAUCGGCGGGAACAGAGAGAAAAGGAAAUCAAGGCAAAGUCUCGGGCUUCAAAGCAGGUUCCACGAAAACCUCGCUCUACUUCAAAAAGUAGUACUGCCUCUGCCAGCUCAGGUAAAAAUUGUGCACUGGCAAAUGGAGAAGCAGGAAACUGCAGUCACUCUGAUUUCGUUGCCUCAGAGGGACGUGGAUUGAAUAUGGAAGUAUCAGCUGGUUUUAACACUAAUGUGGUGUCUCAACCGUUGGCUCCAAUUGGCACUCCUGCUGUUAAAAGUGAUCCCCAAGCUGAUAUUAGAUCCCACACAAUUGGGUCACUGAACACAAGCUCCCUUCCUGUAGUAUCAGGUAGUCCGAAAAAUCUUGGGUGCGGCUCAAUUGUUGACAACAAGAGUAAGGUCCUGGAUAAUGUUCAAGCAUCUUUGGGCUCAUGGGGUAAUUCACGGAUCAAUCAACAGGUUAUGUCAUUGACACAGACCCAACUUGAUGAGGCUAUGAAGCCUGGGCAAUUUGUGUCUCAUGGUUCUGUUGGAGAAAUUACUAGCUCAGUUUGUGAAUCCAGCAUGCCAUCUUCAUCACUGUUGGCGAAGGAGAACCCAUUUUCUUCUGCUGCAAAUCCAAUCAAUUCUCUGCUUGCUGGCGAGAAAAUCCAAUUUGGUGCAGUCACGUCUCCAACAAUACUUCCUCCUAGCAGCCGCUCUAUUUCACAUGGACUUGGUCCACCAGGGCCAUCUCGGUCAGACAUGCAACUCUCCCACAAUCUUUCUGCAGCUGAAAAUGAUUGUGGCCUUCUCUUUGAGAAAGAGAAACACACUGCCGAGUCUUGUGUUUAUUUGGAAGAUUGCGAAUCAGAAGCUGAAGCAGCUGCUUCAGCUGUUGCUGUUGCAGCCAUCAGCAGUGAUGAAAUUGCUGGGAAUGGUUCGGUUGCUUGCUCUGGUUCGGUUGCAGAUACCAAGACUUUUGGAUCUGCUGAUAUUGAUGGGAUAACAGCAGCUGGAGCCGGUGAUAAGAAAUUAGCCAGUCAAUCAAGGACUAAACAGUCUCCAAGUGUUUCCCUUCCAGCAGAUCUAUCUGUGGAGACCCCAGCAAUCUCAUUAAUGCCACAUUUACCAGGUGGAGCUGAUGAUCAACAAUUUGCCAGUCAAUCAAGGGCUGAAGAGGCCCUUAGUGUUUCACUACCAGCAGAUCUAUCUGUUGAGACCCCGCCAAUUUCGUUGUGGCCACCCUUACCAAGACCUCUGAAUUCUUCAGGCCAAAUGCUUCCACAUUUUCCUGCUGGCCCGCCUUCCCAUUUUCCCUUUUAUGAGAUGAAUCCCAUGAUGGGGGGUCCUGUUUUUGCUUUUGGACCGCAUGACGAAUCUGCAUCUACCACCCAAGCACAAUCCCAGAAGACUAGUGCGCCAGUUUCAGCACCACUUGGGACGUGGCAGCAAUGCCAUUCCGGAGUAGAUUCAUUCUAUGGCCCUCCUGCAGGUUUUACCGGUCCCUUUAUCGGUCCAGCUGGAGGUAUACCAGGUGUUCAAGGCCCUCCACACAUGGUUGUUUAUAACCAUUUUGCACCUGUUGGACAAUUUGGACAAGUUGGCUUGAGUUUCAUGGGUACUGCCUAUAUCCCAUCAGGAAAGCAGCCUGAUUGGAAGCACAACCCUGCAUCUUCCACCAUGGGUGUUGGCGAGGGGGAGAUGAACAAUAUAAAUAUGGUUUCUGCACAGCGCAACCCUACCAAUAUGCCUGCUCCGAUCCAGCAUUUGGCCCCUGGGUCACCGCUCCUUCCCAUGGCUUCACCUCUGGCCAUGUUCGAUGUUUCUCCUUUCCAGCCUUCUCCUGAUAUGUCAGCUCAAGCACGGUGGCCCCAUGUUCCUGCAUCAUCUCUUCAGUCUGUUCCUCUAUCGAUGCCCAUGCAGCAACAGACAGAUGGUAUACUUCCUUCUAAAUUUAGCCAUGGUCCUUCUGACCAAUCGCUGCCGGCCAACAGGUUCCCUGAGUCCCGGACUUCUACAUCCAUUGAUGGCAGUCGUAAUUUUCCUGUGGUGACUGAAGCCACUUCCACGCGAUUUCCAGAUGAACUGGGUUUAGUAGACCCUACAAGCUCCGGCAGCACUGGGGCUUCAACACAGAAUGUUGUCACUAAGAGCUCAUCUGUGAGUAGCACAGUAGAUAAUGCCAAGACUGAUGUUGAUCAGAAUCUCGGUACGAGUGCUAGUGGACAUAACGCUAGUAACGCCAAGUCUCAGUCUUCUAUGCACAAGAGUAAUAUCCCAAACCAGCACUAUGGCCAUUCGUCUUACCAUCAGAGAGGUAAUGCUUCGCUGAAAAAUAGCUCUGGGGGCGAAUGGUCCCACCGACGAAUGGGUUACCAAGGAAGAAAUCAGUCUCUGGGUGCAGAGAAAAACUUUCCAGGUACUAAGAUGAAGCAAAUAUACGUGGCUAAACAGACCUCAAGUGGGAGUUCAACAGCGUCAUGAGGAGCCACAUAAAACGAGCUGCCGCCUGUUGGGUUCGAGAAAAAGAGUGCACGUUGAAACAGUUGUUCAGGAAUAAAAGAUUUUGGGUUGCUUUUUUUGCAGCAUCUAUUGCACCGGCAGGUGCAGCGUCUAGAAUUGAGAUUGAGAUUUUGUUGAGAGAUAUAUAGGUGAUAGGGUAUGCUGGUUUUGCCGACGAAGGUUUGCAGAAACGGGCAGCAGGUGAUAUGAUAGGAAACUAUGGGCCUGCCUGGUGCUCCACUAGGGAGAAAAAGGGGAUGGUGUUGACGAGGGAACUUUGUGAUAUUUUUCAGUUGUGGUCCGUUGAUCGGGUUUCGAUGUCUGAAAUCUUUGUUGGCUGCAUACCGAACUGUCAAUUUAUUGGAGAAUUUGAUGUACUAAAAAACAAACACCGUCGUAAUCCAGGUAACAUUCUUUUUGCAAUUUCUGGUAAAUGGUCAAUGUGGCCGUCGGGGGAUGCUUGUUUCCCCUUCUUUUUGACUUCACUUGAUCUGUAUUUGUAUGUAAUUUAAGUUGUGAUAAACGAUUCCUGCUUCUGCGGUUGAGUUUGAAGUAGGCGUUCGUUA